GCAGCGGGUUCGCGGUGACGUCACACGCUGGUUUCUGCUGCUUUGGGCCGCUGCCUGUAUUUCAGGACGAGGACAAGUGUCUUAAACUACUCUACGACUUCACUCCUAACAGAUCACCCGCUACAGCCGGAAAAACAUCCUGAAAAUGGGCAACUGUCAACCCACAAUCGUGGACUAUGAGGAUUUUGAUGUCAUGGCUGACAUCAAGGCCAUCCGCAAAGCCUGCAAAGGGUUUGGAACUGAUGAGCAGGCCAUCAUUGACAUCCUGGCAAACCGCAGCUCAGCUCAGCGACAGCAAAUUAAACAGGCCUAUUUUGACAAGUAUGAUGAUGAGUUGGUGGAUGUGUUGAAGAGCGAGCUGUCGGGGAAUUUUGAGAACGCCAUCCUCGCCAUGCUGGACCCGCCCGUUAUCUUCGCUGUGAAGGAGCUGAGGAAAGCCAUGAAGGGAGCGGGCACUGAUGAAGAUGUCCUAGUGGAGAUUCUCUGCACCGCCACCAACGCUGACAUCGCCAUGUUUAAGGAAUGCUACUUUCAAGUGCAUGAGCGCGAUCUUGAGGCAGAUAUUGAGGGAGACACAAGCGGGGACGUAAGAAACCUGCUCAUGGCUCUAUUGGAAGGCAACAGAGAUGAGAGUUACGAGGUGGAUGAGGCUCUGGCUGAAGAAGAUGCUACCAGCCUGUUCGAGGCUGGUGAGGGUCGUUUUGGGACGGAUGAGUCCACUUUCAGCUACAUCCUGGCCUCCAGGAAUUACCUGCAGCUACAGGCCACCUUCAAGAUGUAUGAGCAGCUCUCUGGAACUGAAAUCCUGGAUGCCAUUGAGAGUGAGACUUCUGGGACACUGAAGAAAUGCUACAAAGCUCUUGUGAGAGUUGCUAAGAACCCUCAGCUCUACUUUGCCAGACGUCUGCACGAUGCGAUGAAGGGAGCAGGCACUGAUGAGGACACCCUCAUUCGCAUUAUUGUGGUUCGCUCUGAGUACGAUUUGGAGACCAUUAAAGACAUGUACCUGGAGAAGUACGACGUUUCUCUGAAGGAAGCCCUGAAGGACGAGUGCAGCGGUGACUUCAAACGUCUCCUCCUGGCGAUCUGCCACUGAAAGUCUGGGAGUUAGGCAGGGUGGACGUGGACGGCAGAGGCAGAGACAGCGGAGUAUAUUUAUACUGAGGGCACUGCUGUUUUCUGUCUAACACACUAAUACUACGCAGUCUCUCCAUGUGACAUUAUGUAGGGAGCAGGAGGGUGGAAGUGAUAGAAUAAUUAACUUGGCUUGACUUGUCCAAACUCUGUGAAUUUAGGUGGCUCUCUUUUUAAACUUUUUCCACAGAUGUUAAUUAUGAAAUUGAACUGGAGUUACUCAUUUGUGUCUGUCAAUUACUGCCCAUUUCGUAGUCAACUUUUAGCUCCAGUUCCGAAUAUCUUUACCAGCAUUUACACAGUGAUAUGUUUCGUCUUCGUCACUGUACACAAGCACCAAGAUUUAUACAUUUCCAAGAGCUGACUGUCGUCACACUGAUGCGAUUACAGAGUGUGAUUUGAUCAGGUGGUGUGAUGCUUGACAAGAUAAUCACAUUGUAAACAUAAGACAUGUUUGUACACUGGCAAAAAAAAAGUCUUUCUGCUGCUGCAUUUCCUGUAAUGAAACACUAGUGUUACAUAAUCACCACCGUACAAGUAUUACACUGUUAUAGAUCAAAUAAUUCUGUAUUCAUGUUUGAUUUUUGUUCUAUAGCUUUCACCCUCCAUGCCUGUAAAGCUCAGUGACUGAUCACUGCUGUUACUAAUGCAAUCACUCCAUGUGGCUUGAAGUUUGUGCUAAGACUGAAGAAAUGUGAACGUUUGUCAUGAAGGAAUAUUAGCUGGGAUUAUGAAGGUUAUGCAAUGUUAUGUGAAUGGAUUUUAUGAAUUUUAUGAAUAUAUAUUUCAUCAGUUGCCUAUUGAAAGAAACUAUUGAUUUUCAAUGUUUUUAUCCUUUACUAUAACUAGAAAAACUUGACAAAUCCAAAUACACCUCACCUUGUUAUAUAUUUUUUUGUAUUUUGCAACUAACCCAGUAGAGUGUUUAAUAUAUAUCAUUUAGUUUACUGUUUUAGGUAGGCCAGAGGGUAUAAGAGAAGAAACCUUUAACAUCUAGACAGUCUGAUGUCAUUUGUGCGUCUCUAUAAGGCAGCUGAGAUUUGAUAAAAAGUACCACUAUUGUAAAGAUUUUGCAACAAGCUGAGUAGAUACUCAAGUGAGAUAGAUACAGCAUCAACCAGGGCAUCAGUUGGAGCUGUAGGACUAGUUUUUGUCUCUCUAUAGCCAAAGAAUUUUAGUUAAACUGCAAAUAAAGUUCCCUGUAGUGUCAGCA